AUGGGCAUCGUCGCCAGCGUGCUGGUGAUCAUGAUGCCGCUGCCAUCGUUCCUGAUGGAUUGCCUGUUGGCGAUUAACAUCAGCGUCGCCGUGAUCGUUUUGCUCACCACGAUUUACGUGAAGACGCCGCUGGAGUUCAGCAUCUUCCCGUCGCUGCUGCUGGCCACCACCUUGGGCCGGCUCGUCCUGAAUGUGGCCACCACCCGACUAAUUCUCACCCGUGCCGAAAGCCAUGGGCUGAACGCGGCCGGAGGCGUGGUGAAGAGCUUCGCCGAGUUCGUCACCGGCGACAGCAUCGUGGUCGGGCUGAUCAUCUUCAUCAUUAUCAUCGUCAUUCAAUUCGUGGUGAUCACCAAAGGUGCCACCCGUAUUAGCGAAGUGGCCGCCCGAUUUGCCUUGGACGGAAUGCCCGGUCGGCAGAUGGCGAUCGACGCCGAUCUCAACGCCGGCAUCAUCGACGAGCACGAAGCCCAGCAACGACGACAAGCCAUCACCGAUCAGGCCGACUUCUUCGGGGCCAUGGACGGUGCCAGCAAGUUUGUUCGCGGCGAUGCGAUUGCAGGCAUUAUUAUUACGCUCAUCAACAUCGUCGGUGGCCUCUACAUUGGAAUGGUCGACGCGGACAUGGGCGCGGGCGGGGCGGCUUCGCUCUUCACCCGCUUGACCAUCGGCGAUGGUCUCGUCAGUCAAAUUCCGGCCUUUUUGAUUUCGUUGGCAGCCGGCCUAUUGGUCACGCGAAGCUCGAGUUCUUCGAACCUGCCAGCACAGUUCCUCGCUCAGUUGUUCUCCCGUCCACAAGCCUUGGCCGUGACGGGGGCCUUCCUGGGCAUCCUGGUCUUUACCAACCUGCCGGCACUUCCGCUCACAACCAUCGGCUUGUCUUGCAUUGGCCUGUCGAUGAUGAUCCGCCGCCGCGAGCAGGAGCAGGCUGUAAAAGAGAAAACCAAAGCCAAAGCCGAACAAGAGAAGCCGGCCGAGGAACGCAUCGAGGACUACCUCACCGUCGAUCCCAUGGAACUCGAAAUCGGUGUCGGGCUUAUUCGCCUGGCCGACCCCAAACGCGGCGGCGACUUGCUCGAACGCAUUCAACGCGUGCGGCAAGGCGUGGCCGGCGACCUGGGCCUUGUGUUGCCCAAGGUACGCAUCCGCGACAACAUGCGGCUCGACCAGAACCAAUACCGCAUCAAAAUCAGCGACAUGCCGGUAGCCUUGGCCGACGUGCAUCCGAACAUGUACCUCGCCAUCGACUCGGGACUCACCACGGGCAAAGUGCCAGGGCUGGAAACCAAAGACCCCGCGUUCGGAACCGACGCCGUCUGGAUCGAGCCGGGCGUUCGCGAACAGGCCGAAAUGCUGGGCUACACCGUCGUCGAACCCGUCGCCGUGUUGGCCACGCACCUCACGGAAGUGGUUCGCAAACAUGGCGACGAGCUACUCACCCGCGACGCAACCAAACACCUCAUCGAUCAACUCAAAGAAACCACCCCGGCCGUGGUCGACGAGUUAAUCCCUGGCCUGCUGAAAAUCGCCGAAGUCCAACACAUCCUGCAGAUGCUGCUCCGCGAGCAGGUUCCGAUCCGUCACCUGUCGACGAUUCUGGAAACCUUGGGCGACUACGCCGGUCGCUCGAAGGACCCAAUUCUGCUGACCGAGUACGUACGGCAUCGCCUGGCACGAGUCAUCUGCUCGCGUUACCGCGACGCCGACAGCCGCCUAUAUGUAGUCACGCUCGACCCGAGCAUCGAAGAUCGCAUCCGAGCCGGAUUCGACCACAACGAGCGAGGGUUGUUCAUCAAACUCGCCCCGCAAGCCGUCGACUCGAUUUGCCAGUCGAUCGCCAACGAGUGUGAGAAGCUCACUCGGGCCAACAAAAGGGCCGUCGUUCUGGUCAGCCCACAAAUUCGGGCCGCAUUGAAACAACUCACCGCUUCGCACAUCCCAACUUUCCGAGCCGCCUCGAUGCAAGAGGCCCUAUCGAAAGUCCGCUUCGAACUAGGCCCAGAGGCCGCGGUGCUUCAUACCCGCGAGGUGGCCUCGAGCCGUUGGGCACGAUGGUUUGGCGGCAGCCGUCAAAUCGAAAUCACGGCCACCACCCAAGUCAGCGUGCCGAGUCGCUUACCAGAGAAAGCCGAACCGGUUCGAGUGGCCGAGCCAGCCGCCGCAACGCCGGCCCCCGCGCCGCACUUCGAAGUCGCCCCUCCGGCUAACAACCCUUCGCCCAGUCACGAUCACUUGCAGGAACAGCUCGGGCAGUUGCAGUCGAUGGUGGAAGACCUCUGCCGUCGCUCCCAAAAAGAACAAGGCCACGACUGGCCCCAGGAAAUGUUCGAACUGUACACCGACCUGAUCGAAGCCGAAGUGUCUGAAGAACUGGCCCGCGAACUCAUCGAACGGGUACGUGGCGAUGCCACCGGCGAAGAGAUUGCCGAUCCGGCACUCGCCAAGGCACGCAUCUGCCGGAUGAUCGAAGACGAAAUCACCGUCGCAGGCCCCAUCACCAGCCGCCCCGGGCAAUGUCGCGUGGUGGCCAUGGUCGGUCCCACGGGCGUAGGAAAAACCACCACCAUCGCCAAGCUGGCCGCUAACUUCCGCCUUCGCGAUAAGAAACGCGUGGCCCUGGUAACGGUCGACACCUAUCGCAUUGCGGCGGUAGAUCAACUUCGCACGUAUGCCGACAUUAUCGAUCUCCCGCUAUACGUAGUUUCGACUCCGCGAGAGAUGCGAGAAGCCAUCGAACAGUUGCGCGACUACGACCUGGUAAUCAUUGACACGGCAGGCCGCAGCCCUCGCGACGGCGUGAAGCUACAAGAGCUGAAGGCCUUCCUAGAUGAAGCCCAAACCGACGAAGUGCACCUGGUUCUCAGCAGCGUGAACAGCGCCAAGAGCCUCUCACGCACCGCUGAAGAUUUCUCGGUCGUCGGCACCACGUCGCUGGUACUCACGAAGCUCGACGAAGCCUCGGGGCUGGGCAACUUGUUGCCGCUGCUGCGAAGCACCAAGCUGCCGCUGUCUUACCUGACCAACGGUCAGAACGUGCCCGACGACAUCGAACCGGCCGAACGACGCCGCCUGGCCCGUGUGGUCUUGGGGCUCGAUUUGGUGCAGCGACGACUGGAUAACGCACUGACCGAUGUACGUCCCCCGACGCUGCUCACUGUGGCCUCGGGUAAGGGCGGGGUCGGAACCACGACCAUCGCUCUGAACAUCGCCGCGGCCGUUGCUGCGAAUGGUUUUCGCACCGUGCUGGUCGAUGCCGACCUGCGGGGUGGCGACGUGCAUCAAUUGUGCCACGUUCAAAGUCUGUACUCGGUAGCCGACGUCCUCGCCGGGCGGCGCACGGUUCACGAAGUGCUGGCCUCCGCCCCAGGUGGACUGCAAAUCGUUCCCGGCGUUUGGGCCCUGGGCGAACCGGCCGACAGUUCGGAUGCCGCACAACUGCGAUUGCUGACCGAACUGCGAGGACUGGGCGAACAUGCCGACUUUGUGGUGAUCGACGCCGGCGCUGGUCUGAACCGCACAGCGAAACUCUUCUGGCAAUCGGCCGAUCACGUGUUGGUGGUCACCACGCCCGAUCCCGUGGCGGUGAUGGACUCGUACGCAGCAAUCAAGGUCCUCGUGGGCGGCAACUUCCACCUGAAGAUCGAUGCCCUGGUGAACAAGGCGCCCGACCUCGAGACGGCCACCGACGUACAGCAGCGACUCUCACAAGCCUGCCGAAGGUUUCUGGCUCGCGACCUGAGUUCGGCCGGUUGGAUUCCCUUGGCAACGCGUGAGUUCGCAGGCGACGGACAUGGCUCGCCCGGCGUGGUGGCUUUCCCACACAGCGCCGCAGCGAUGGCCAUCAAACAAACCGCGCUGAAGCUAGCCAGCCCCAUCACGGUUGCGGCUUAA